AUGCAGCAGCAGCAGCAGCAGCAGCAGCAGCAGCAACAGCAACAGCAUCAGCAACACAAGCAGCAGGACGAACAGCAGCAGCAGCAGCAGCAGCAGGAACAGCAGCAACGGCAACAGCAGCAGCAGCAGCAGCAACAGCAGCAGCAGCAGAUGGCAUUAACAAUGAAGCUGCAGCGGCUCCCACUCUGUCUAUGUCCCCGGUACAUCAAGCCCUUGAAUGCGCUGCCUCUGAUCCCGCUGCGAAUUGUCUCCAUAGACUCUCCUUUAGGCGACUGCCCCUCUUUACGUUCUGCGCUAGCAGCAGCACUGCAAGAAGCAGCAGCAGCAGCAGCAGAAGACGAGCAGCCAGCAGCAGCAGCAGCAGCAGAAGCAGCAGCAGAGACUGCACUAGCUGCAGCAACUCACCGCUUGAGAAUUGUUUGUGUGAAGGGACAGGCUUUAGCAGACUUGCUGCUGUCUACCCCCCUAGACCCGCGCCCGUACAGAUACCUACCCCACCUGCCAGCAGCAGCAGCAGCAGCUUCUGCUGCUGCUGCUGCAGGAGCAGCAGAAAGUUCAGGGGCCGCAAGGGCGGCGUUAGAAGAGCUGAGGUUGGCUGCUGCUGCUGCUGAUUUGCAGCGCUCUGCUCGUGCAGCAGCAGCAGCAGCAGAAGAGUCCCCCUGGUCACUAGCUGCUGCUGCUGCUGCUGCUGCUGCACCCUCCCGUGCUGCAGCCUCCUCACUCUUGAGCCCUUCAGAAAUGCGUGAUGAAGGGCCCCACACCCAGCAGCAGCAGCAGCAGCAGCAACACCAGGAGCAGGAAGAGGAGAAGGCGUCGGUGGAACGGUGCAGCAUCAGCAGCAACAGCAGCAACAACAACAACAAUAGCAGCAGCAGCCCCAGCAGCUCUCUCCCUGAGGCGGCCCCAGCUGCUUCUUCCUCUGCCUAUUUAGCCUAUCACACACCUCAAUUAAACAAACCCUUGGGGGCCCUCAGGGGGCCCCCUGGAGCUGUCGCUGCACCUCUAGCUGACACAGAAGGGGGGCCCCCAACGAACAAUAAACAGCGGGGGCCCCCAGGGGCCCCUGGGGCCCCUCCUGAUACCCUGGGGGCCCCUGAUCAUACCGUAGGGGCCCCUCCUGAUACUCUGGGGGCCCCACAGUCCCCUGGAGGACUGAGAGGGGCCCCCGGAGCCCCCCAGAGGGCCCCCACAGUCCUUAAGGAGGGGGCCCCUGGGGCCUCCCAGGGGGGCCCCUCAGUUCUUAAGGAGGGGCCCCCUGGGGCCUCCCAGGGGGGCCCCUCAGUCCUUAAGGAGGGGCCCCCUGGGGCCCCUGGUAAUGGGGUGGGUGUUGAUGAAAGUGCUGCAGGGUUGUUGCCUCGGUCUGCUGCAACAGUUUCAGUGCUGCGUCUCCUUUAUCUACGGGGAGGCUGGGUAGCAGAGGCCCUUGCGCACGAAGCAGCAGCAGCAGCAACAGCAGCAGCAGCAAGCAAGCAAGCAGCGGUUGCUGACUGGGGAACAGCUGCAAGUGUAACUGAAGAAGGAGACAUCCCUCUGGCUUGUGCUGCUGCUGCUGCUGGCCUCCGCAGAAUUCUAAAGAGAGAGAAACGCCUCAUACUGUGGGAUCCCUUCUGCGGCGGAGGAUCGCUGCUGCUUGAAGCAGCUCUGCUGCUGGGGGGCCUCUCCCCCUCUUGCAGCCACAUCCCCUCUCCUCGUUCUAUCAUUCCUGCGCUGCACGUACACCCGGAGGACCAGCAGCAGCAGCAGCAGCAGCAGGGGCAGCGGGCUGCUGGGGGUGGUGCUGGGUCUGCUGUUGCUGCUGCUGCUGCUGCAAGUGCAGGUGCAUGUACACCUCGAAUAACUCUUGUAGGCACGGAUGAGAGGCCGCUGCUGCUGCAGGCAGCGAGGCAGCGCCUUCGUAAUUUUUUCUGCUUCUUCUACAACAACCAGCAGCCAAUGGACUUGGAGAUGCAGCAGCAGCUGCUCGAGCAGGAAGAGCAGCAGCAGCAGCAGCUGCAGCAGCAGCAGCAGAAACAGCAGCAGCAACAGCAGCAGCAAGGCCUUCCAAGGCCUCCGUUUGCUGCAGGUCUGCACUUGGCUUCGCCCUUUGACGUGUCUCCUUUCGUCUCUGGCAGCAUUAUCCUCACAAGGGUGCCGGGGCCCAGAGAAGCAAAGAUAGAGAAGGGGCUCCCAGCUCUUUGUUUAUUCAGUGAUUAG